AUGAAAAUUUUUUAUUAUCUCUCCUAACAAAUGCGGGUGUUGUUGAUUGAUAUAUUGUCGGAGGUUGUUGAUUUUCAACUUCACAGUUAUUGUCCGCUUUUAAUGUGGAAAUUCCGCAAUGAAUUCGAGGAAGAACAGAAAAAUGAAAUUCGCUAUAAAAAGGACUAUUGUUGAUUUAUUUCAGAACACUAGUAUACAUGGUUUGAAAUAUACGAUUGAGCGGAAUUCUAGUUUUUGGGAAAGAAUAUUUUGGGCGAUGACAGUUUGCGUGAUGAUAAUAUCGUCCUUUUAUCUGAGCGUCCUGCAUCUCAGAAGAUUCGUGGAGAAUCCCAUGAGAUCCACGAUCAUCACUUUUCACGGACCAGUUAAUCUUGUACCAUUUCCAGCUGUCACAAUCUGUAACUCCAACUUGCUGUUACACUCUAAGAUAAACCUUUUUCUGAAAACUUUAGAUAUAGAUACAGAUGAAAAGGACUUUCUAAGGAAGAGCAUUCCCCAGAUACUAGGAUUUUUCGAAAUCUACGAAUACACUAAGCUCGACCUUUACAAAAUGGAGGAAAUUUUCGAGAAAUUGGGAUACAACGAUUUGGUCACGGUGCUCAGAAAAAUCGGACCAUCUUGUGAUGAGAUGCUGGUUCAGUGCAGAUGGAACGGGGAGGCAAUGGAUUGUUUGAAUAUCUUCGAAGAAACUCUUACUAUCGAUGGGAUAUGUUGCUCCUUCAAUUACUACGGAUCUAGAUUCGACUUUAUGCCAAAUUAUACGACAAACACUGGUUGGAGGAGCGGUCUAUCUGUUGCGCUCAACCCUUUACCACAAAAAGAACAAUAUUCAACGGGAAAAUCAACUGGUGUUAAGGUCACCAUCCACAAUUCAAUGGAAUACCCGGGGUUCGAGAGAACAUUCAAAACAGUUUCCAAUGGAUUCUAUUCCUUCUUUCAAAUAACCGCCGAGAAACUAAUGAAUACUGAGGAGGUCCAGUAUCUGACGAAGGAGCAGAGGAAAUGUGUUUUCUCUGGCGAGAAAACGCUGACAUAUCAUAAGAGUUACCAUUUCUCGAAUUGCGUAGCAGAGACCCAUUCUCGAUUACUGUUCGAAUUUUGUGGAUGUGUGCCGUUCUAUUUCACCUUUUCAGUGAGUCCAAAAUGCAGUAUAAGUCAGAUGGAAUGUUUACAACGAUACGUCAAGGAACGUAGAGCUAUCGACCCGACUGACAUAAAUUGUCCUGCCAGAUGCGAAAAUGUCAUCUACAAAGUUUUGACUAGCAACGUGGUGAUGAACAAUGCCAGCAUAGGACUCCAGGAUGUGCAUCGCAGACAGGACAGCUCCGGCAUAAGGAUCGAUGUGUUUUUCACGGGCACCCACACCCUACUAUCCAGGGACGUACUCACCUCAUCCCUAGAUUUACUCUCCUCUAUCGGCGGAAUUUACGGUUUAUUUAUGGGAUGCAGCAUCAUAACAAUCGUGGAGUUGAUUUAUUACAGCACGCUUCGCUUUUCGGUGAAUUUGGGCUGGUUGGAGAGGCCGAGAAGGAUCCACAAAAAGAGGACGAAUAAUCCUGAAAGUGAAUUUAGGACCGGCCGGACCCACAGGAGACAUGAUGUACACAGGUUCGAAUGGAACAACGGGAACAGCAUUACUUUCGGCAGUAUUGGUUAGCUUCAACCCCUCUCUCUGGGCUGAAUGUGUUUGCAUGGUCCUAUCGAUCCCCGAUGGGGAUGAUGUAUGUUUUGAAUGGGGAAGAAGUGGUCCAUCGGUAGCCUGAAUGGAGUUUAUGUAUGAGUGAUGCUGUCUGUCCGCUCUCGUGAAAUGCGAAACGGGAUGUUUAUCGAUGUUUGUCUAUUAUUUCCAAAAAAAUACCCACAGGAUUGAGCUGUCACAAAAUAAGCCUUCUCGUGCGCCAAUAUUCUUCAUAGGGGAAAUAGCAAACCUACCCUGGUGGUUUUUCGUAGAAGACAAGGUUUUCUGCUAUUUUUUGUGUUUACGAUAACUACUGAAGGCCAAAAUCAGAGUUCACAGUUAUUCAGUAUCUCUGUAAUUUUUUACU